CAACUGAUAGUAGACACAUUCUCUUACCAGAGGAUAUCCUUCAAACAUAAUUUGCGGAUAGCCUUCUAGUAACUUGGUGCACAGGCACUUAAAAAAAAAAGAAAAAAGACAGGAAACAAAGACAGACCUGAUUCACAUUCUUUGAAGAUGUGAUGAUGGAUUCCUAUCCAGUAAAUGCAACGGAAGAUUAUGAUUAUAAUGAUAGUGAUACUGAUUAUGAUCUAGAUUAUGAUCCAGAUGGAGUUGUUGUGCCAUGUAAUUUGAACAGCAACCGGGGCGUGGGGAUAACCAUAAAUACAUACAUUUAUGCGCUUAUCUGUGUCUUCGGUCUUCUGGGCAACGUCAUGGUGAUUGUAACAUACGCGUUUUACAAGAAAGCCAAGUCUAUGACUGAUGUCUACCUUCUGAAUGUGGCUUUCGCUGACCUCAUCUUUGUGAUAGCUCUUCCUCUGAUCAUCUACAAUGAGCAUUACGACUGGCACAUGGGCACAGUGGCAUGCAAGCUCCUGAGGGGGGCCUACAGCAUCAACCUGUACAGCAGCAUGCUCCUCCUGGCCUGCAUCAGUGGCGAUCGCUACGUGGCCAUCGUCCAGGCCAGGAGGUCUUUUGGUAACCGCUCUCGCUCUCUGGUCUACAGUCGGGUCAUCUGCCUCAACAUCUGGUUCUUUGCUGUAAUCCUGUCCAUUCCCACCGUCAUCUACAACCAGCGCGUUGAGGAACAUGGGACUUUUGAGUGUACCUUCAAAUUCGAUGCCGACGACACAAGCACAGCGCGGCUGAUGAAAGUGCUCCUUCCCAGCAUGCAGGUGUCUGUGGGGUUCUUCGUCCCGCUGCUGGUCAUGGGAUUCUGCUACUCCAGCAUCCUGGUUAUUCUCCUCCACACUCAAAGUUUCCAGAGGCACAAGGCAGUGCGUGUGGUGCUGGCUGUGGUCAUCGUGUUUGUUGCCUGCCACCUGCCCUACAACGUGGUUGUGCUUUACCAUACAGCCUACCUGUUCAAGGAGAGACAGUGUGAGACAGAACAAAUUAUAUUGAUGACCAUCACGGUGACCAGAAGCUUGGCCUACCUCCACUGCUGCCUCAAUCCUAUACUGUAUGCUUUCAUUGGGGUGAAGUUCAGGAACCAUAUGCAGAAGAUUCUGGUUGACUUAUGGUGUCACGGAAAGAAGUACCUUUACACAACCCGUCAAACCACGUCAAAACAGACGUCUGAGGUCUAUGUAUCAGCCCCAUGCAAGUCACCUGAGGAGUCCAACGACGCACACCAAUCAUCAUUUACAAUGUGAGACACAACCCUUACAGUGUCUGUAAUUCUUUGCAAUGGCAUGUUAGCAUUGACUAUGUAUGCCCCAGAUGUGUGGCUAAAAGACUUGGCAAAUGUGACAAAGUUAUGUGCAAGCAUGUUCAAUAAUGGAAGUUUGUUGUCAUGUAAACAUGCUUCCAUCACAUCUUUUAAUGUGAAGAGUGUUAUUGUGAAACUUUAAUUUUUUUGAUACGGUUUUAUAGUUUGAAUGUUUUUAAUAUGUUUCUGCUUUGUCAAAAAUGUAUGUUGUGUCUGGACACACUUCUGUGGACCAUGAAAGGAUUUUUGCAUAGGUGAAUAACCAUAAACAUACCCGCCACUUGAUCAUUUACAUAAAACCAGUGUCCAAUAAACAUGUACUGUACUGUGUAACUGGUCUCACAAAUUUCUAUUCAGGAAAAAAACAUCCCAGAUUUGCAUGUGUAAAUGAUCAACCAUUAUCAAUGGAACCACUGUUGUCAUCUCACUAUGCCAUUCUUAUUUUGUUUAAAUUUUGUAUAUAUUCUGUUUAACUAGGCCUAUGUGCCAGAGACAUAUUGUGUCAUGGCUGAUUCUGUAACAAAAAAUGAUUUCUUGAAAGUGCACUUAAAUAAACAGCUAAAGGU